UUUUUUUCUCAGAGUGGGUGGCAUUGGCGUUGUGAGAGGGAUUUCAUAUAUAUUUUGGGGACGCCGGGCGUCGGUCUUUGAUUCUCUUUUAGUAUUAGUGUUCAUAAAGCAGUGUUUACUUCCGCGGACCAAAACAUCGAUGACCUUGAAAGUAGAUCACGUGGUUCCAAGACUUCCCGUUGAUUGGUCUAUAACGUCUACAGAGGGAGCUCACAUCGUCGUGUUUGGCGAGUGUGUGCAAGAUCUUUGCCACAAGUGCGACAGAGAAAUAAUCGUCAAAGAGAAGAAAGAACUGGGAAGCGUGCGUGUGCGCGCGCGUUGAUUGUGUGGUUGGUGUUGUCCAAGAUGAAGUCCGACUCUUUGUUGACAACUCAGGCAGAAAAGGCAAAUCAUUACAAAUACUUGAAGGAAUUUCGCGUCGAACAAUGUCCCCUCUUUAUACAACGCAAAUGUACUCAACAUCGGCCGUUCACGUGUUUCAAUUGGCAUUUUAUGAACCAGAGGAGACGUAGACCGGUCAGAAAGAGGGACCGCACCUUCAAUUACAGCGCGGAUAAUUAUUGCAGCAAGUACGACGAAACAACCGGCAUAUGUCCCGAUGGAGACGAAUGUCCUUAUCUUCAUCGAACGGCAGGAGAUACUGAAAGGCGUUACCAUCUACGCUAUUACAAAACGUGUAUGUGCGUUCACGAUACGGACACACGUGGAUUUUGUGUUAAAAAUGGACCGCAUUGUGCGUUUGCACAUGGGAAUCACGAUCUUCGACCUCCUGUUUAUGAUAUUAAGGAAAUUCAAGCAUUGGAAAAUCCAGAAUCUGAUCCUAAUAAUUCUUCUAAUGGGCCCAAUAUACUUGACAAAGAACGAAACUUAAUGAACGAGGACCCAAAAUGGCAGGACACGAAUUAUGUUCUUAGUAAUUAUAAAACUGAACCUUGUAAAAGACCUCCUAGAUUAUGUCGACAGGGUUAUGCCUGUCCUCAAUAUCAUAAUAGCAAGGACAAAAGGAGAAGUCCAAGAAAAUACAAAUACAGAUCAACACCGUGUCCAAAUGUGAAACAUGGAGAAGAAUGGGGUGAGCCGGGAAAUUGUGAACAGGGCGAUACCUGUACGUAUUGUCAUACUCGUACCGAGCAGCAAUUCCAUCCCGAGAUUUACAAGUCGACAAAGUGCAAUGAUGUCCAGCAGGCGGGUUACUGUCCUCGUGGUGUCUUCUGUGCUUUUGCACAUGUUGACCGUGAGUGUACUCCCAUAAAUCUGUUGCCAACAGAAGAAAUGAGCUUGGCGAGGGACAUUCCGGUACCUAUAGAUUGCGGCACAAAUUUGGCGGAUAUUCUCAGCAACGCUUUACCCCCUGACAAGAGAUCUCACGAUAAGGAUAAAACUCUAAGCGACAGCAGUUUGGCUGCAUUACAGAAUGGAAGCGGAGAGGUAUCAGAAUCCGCAAGCACUAGCAGUCUUGGCAGCAAUAGUUCUCAUAGUAAAGCGCCAGGUGCUCAGCUUCAUAAUUCAAAUUCGAAUUCCAACUCCCAGAAACUCAGUAAUAUGUUAUUCAAUUCUGGAUCUCUCAUUCAAGUUAGUGAUAUUCGAAAGCAAGUGGUGGCGAUUGAGAACGAUCCUUUGAUGACGAAAGGAGAAAAGGCCCAAAGGAAACAGAAUCUUUAUCUAGCUUACAAUUUAAAUGGUUCCUUGGGUCAUUCACUUGGCUCGUCGGUCACACCGUUAACGAAUUCUUUCUAUACAAAUGACACUGUCGAAUCAGUCGUAGGAAAUGCAUUAGAUGAUUUACAUUUAGACGAUCCGAUUAGUAUCGUGGAUUCCAUUCAUAGAGAUACUAAUUCUCCAAUUUCCAAUUCAAUUUCUGCUGGUCUGGCAAGCUCAGGACUACUUGGAAGCUCAGCUCCAGUUAAUAUUCCAGGAAUGUCUGAUAGAUCUGUACUGUCGAAUUUUUCGCCCUCAACAUCCAGUCCAUUGCAACAUCUACAGUCUGCUGGAUUUCUCACGGGGUCUCGAUUCUCUCAUCAAGACUCGAUAGAAUCUACAAUGCCAUUUAUGAAUACUGUCUCGGAUCCGUUUAGCAAUCAUAUCUCACAAUUGAGUAGUUCAGCGUCAAAACUUAGUGGUUUCAAUAGCAGUUUAUUUGAUUUUGCGAAUCAGGGAAUGUCUCCAUCUCGAACUCAACCUCUUCCAGCUUCUCCUUUAGUCAGUGCAUUUUCAAUGAGCCCAAACAAUUCGGGAUCACUUUCAGAAUUACAGGUGCAAAGACUGAGAGAUGAAUUAACGUCGAGUCGCGCACAACUUGCAACGUGGGACGAACGCAUCAAUCAGGCGAGAGCUGCUUGUGCAGCCUGGCAAAUGGAAAGUGAAGACGCCAAACGGAAAGCGACAAUAGCAGAACAACAAAGGGACGAGUAUCGAAAUGAAUUCCAGGCAUUGAAGCAAUUGCGUGCCGAGAAGGAAGCAGCGAAUGGUGGCCCCUAUCUGCACACCCUUAAGCGUACAAGUGAACUUCGAUCUCUGCCAAUCACGACAUUACAAUCAAUACAGACACAACUGCGCUCGGAUCUUGAAGAACUGGAAAAGGUGCUGUACCGGGAAAAGGCAAAUAGGUGCAUGGUAUGCGAGGAUCAAAAUCGCACUGUAACCCUCUCGGCGUGCAACCAUCGGGUAGUUUGUUCAACGUGCGCUCCCAAUCAACACGAGUGCCCGUACUGCCAGACUUCGAUGGUCUCAACAAAUUAGGUCGGAAACAAACAAACAAAAAAAAAGAAACAAAAUCUAUCAAUCUUUUCAGUUUUCCCAAAAAUGAAAAAAAAAAUUCGCACUAAUCAACAUGGGGACAAGUAUUGCAUUAAUUGAGUACUCGGACAUUUAAGAAAGCAAUCCUCAAUGACAAAGAAAAAGAGAGAGAGAGAGACACAGAGAAAAGAAAGAAACAAAAAUGAAAAUUCAAGAGAUAAAAAAAAACUGCUUCCGAGACUUCACAGUAAAUGAUAAGGUGGAUGUGAUAUGACAAUUCUUACACGUUUUUCUCUUUUUAGAAUCUUUUUAUCAAUUUCGUACCGGUUGCCCUCCGCCCCCCCCUCAAUUUUCCCCCCAUUAUAUCUGGUCAUUCCGAAAGCUUUUUUUAGUAUCAAAUUAUUUAAUUUAAAUUAAAGAUGAAAAAUAAAACGCAACACUUAAAAGUAGUUCCAAGGAAAAAAGGCUGAUGGAACUUUUUUUUCAGCGUAAUCAAGCUGAAGAUUGCAUUUAUAUUUCUAUAUAUUUAAAACUAUAUAAGUAGGAUUUUUCAAUUGACCCCUAGGGGUAUCCAUAGUAAUUAAAUUGAGUAUUAACCAGAAUAUAAAUUAAUUUUCAAAGACGUUUCUCGAUCGUUAAUAAAAUUCGGGCAUAAUUAAAAUAAAGUUGACAAUUUUUUUUUAUAAUAGAGAACAUUGAGAAAAGAAUUAGAAUUUGAUAAAAGAAAUAAAUAAAUGAAUUUUUAGGAAAAAUGAAGAGAAUUUUUCUAACUUUUUCUAAAAAAUGGAAAAAUCACGAUAAUGAGAAAAAACCUAAUUAGAUUUAGAUGCACGAAUAGAGAUGAAUAAAUAUAAUCGUAUAGCUUGAAUUUUAUAUGAAUAUGCUUCUAUUUUCAUAAUUGCAAUUAGGUUUUAUGUAGAUUGUAAGUAGGAAAUACAUGAUUGAUACUAAAAAAAAUAUAUACAUAUUACAAUAUAUGGUUUUCAAGUAUAGAUAAAUAAAAUAACUACUUUUUUCUAUGUUAAUUGUAUGACUAAAAACAAAUGAUCUGUAUUUAAAAAAAAAAUUGAAUUUUUUAAGUACAGUAUUUAAUUUUACGAUUAUUUUUAAUUUUAAUUUUUUAAAAUAAUAACGGAAAAAAAAAUUAAUAUGAAUGGUUCGACUCGUUUGUGUUGUGACGUUUAUUCAAAUGAUAAUUGUAUGUUAAUAGGUGAAAACUUAGGAUUUUUCAAUUUAUUAAUCAAAAUAAUGUAUUUAAUAAUGAAUAUAAAUCUUCAGCUUGAUUCCGCGCCGGUACGUUUAUUUUCCAUCAAAAUUAAAAAAAAAAAAAGAAACGUUAUUUGGUGAUUUAAAUAGAUAAAACAAUUAUUGAUAUUCUGUAGUUGACAGGCACUAGAAAUUUGUUUUCUACUCUUUAUUUUUUUUCUAACUACUACUACUAAAUAAUAAUAAUAAUAAUAUUGUUAAAUUCUAUGACAAAGAAGGACUAUAGCAUUCGUAAUUAAAAAAAAUAUAAAUAUUAUAUUAUAUUCUCUAAGAUACAAAUUACUAGGAUAGAUAGGAAGCUAUCAAAUUUUUUCUUAGGUAUUACAAUGUUACAAUUAUUAGUUUUAAAAAUAAUGAAAAAAAACAAUAUUUUCAGUCCUUUAAAUUGAUUUUAAU